AGCUUAUCGGUUUUAAUGGAAACAGCUGGAGAAAAAGUUAACUCUCUUAGGUUCAGCAGAGAUUACCUGUACUUGGCAGUAGGCACUAGCCUCGGAUACAGGUUGUAUACCUUUCAGCCAACCACUUUGGUAUUGAAGGUAGCAGUGACCAAUGGGGUCAAACUUAUCAUUCCGUGCUCUAAUGGUAACAUUAUCAGCUACAUAGAGAAUUCUUCAAACACUGAAUGAGAACCGGAAAAGGAAGCAAGGAAGGAAUACCUGGUCAUUUAUAAUCACCUUAAAAAUACUCAGGUUGCAAAGCUCCGGUUCAGUAAAGAAGUGCUUGAUAUCAGAUACAUGAAAUCUACUUUGAUUAUUGUUCAGUCUUAUUCGGUCAAGAUCGUGAAGAUGGAUGAUUACAAGAACCCGACUAUCAUUAAAACUGCAGAAAAUCUAUAUGGAGCUAUUGGGAUCACCUUUUGAGCUGAAACCAAGACAGACGAGUCUCAGUUAAUCGCCUGCCCAGGGUCUGAAUCUGACGCUGAUGUAUUUGUGAUUGACAUCAAAGAUGAUACAAGGUAUUGUUUCUUCCCUGGCUAUGCUACAUACCAGUAUGUUGUCACUGCACUUGAAUUAAAUUCCCAAGGGACUUUGUUAGCAUCUGCUACAACUGAAGGGAAGAACAUUGAUAUCUUUGAUGUUCAAGACAGAUCCAAACUUUAUUCUUUCUCAAGAGGGAUGUUCCCGAAGCAUAUUGAUUAUCUAUCCUUCCAGCAAAAUGAUCAAGAAUUAAUAGUGAGUUCUCUGGAUGGAGCUGUUCAUUUGUUCUAUUUGUUAACAGAUCAAGAGAUAAAAGAGCAACAAGAAGGAAACACUUUUUUCAAAGCUGCUUUCGACUUCGCUUUCUCCAAGCCGAGUGAGGUUAAAUUUAAGAUCAAUAGAGAACAGACUGAAGUAAAUUUUGAAGAUAACAAGAAAUGUAUAUCAUGCAAAUUAGAGAAGAAUUUAAUCAUGACUGUUUCAAAUUCAGGGUAUCUUUAUCUUGGAAGUUAUAAGGAAGAAAACGAAGAAGCAAUUAUUGAAGAAGCUGUUGAUUAUCUUUCCAAAUAUCCAAAGCAUACUCAAAGCUACCUGGAUUAGUUGCCAAAAAUCUUAAAGUAAUGAAAUUUUUCAUUAUAGCGUUAAAUUCUAAAAUCUUUUCAU